GGGGGGGGGGUAGGUGUCAGCUGUGGCGAGGCCCCUGAGCACCGUCUUUUACUUCGCAGCCUGCCGACGUCCGGACGUCCAUCAUGGGCAGAGGGUGUGGUGCUGAAAAUGGAGGGAAGAGGAAGAAGAAGGACAGGGACUUGGAUGAGCUGAAGAAGGAGGUGGCCUUGGACGACCACAGGAUAGGAAUAGAAGAUCUGGGCAAACGCUAUGGAUUGGACAUCACACGGGGCCUGAGCCACGCCAGGGCGGCAGAGGUUCUGGCCAGGGACGGCCAGAACGCGCUGACCCCCCCCCCCACCACCCCGGAGUGGGUCAAGUUCUGCCGUCAGCUGUUCGGGGGCUUCUCCAUCCUGCUCUGGAUCGGCGCCAUCCUCUGCUUCCUGGCCUACAGCAUCCAGGUGGCCAUGGAGGACGAGCCGGCCAACGACAACCUGUACCUGGGCGUGGUGCUGGCGGCCGUGGUGAUCAUCACCGGCUGCUUCUCCUACUUCCAGGAGGCCAAGAGCUCGCGGAUCAUGGACUCCUUCAAGAAAAUGGUGCCACAGCAAGCGACUGUGAUCAGGGAGGGGGAGAAGAUGCAGAUCAAUGCUGAGCUUGUGGUGCUGGGGGAUCUGGUGGAGAUCAAAGGGGGAGACCGCAUCCCAGCUGACCUUCGAGUGAUCUCCUCCAGCGGAUGCAAGGUGGACAACUCGUCUCUGACGGGAGAAUCGGAGCCGCAGACUCGCAGCCCGGACUUCACACACGACAAUCCCCUGGAGACCCGCAACAUCUGUUUCUUCUCCACCAACUGUGUCGAGGGAACGGCCCGCGGCGUCGUCAUAGCAACCGGCGAUCGCACCGUGAUGGGCCGCAUCGCCACGCUGGCGUCCGAGCUGGAGGUCCGCCGGACGCCCAUCAGCAUCGAGAUCGAGCACUUCAUCCACCUGAUCACGGGCGUCGCCGUCUUCCUGGGCGUCAGCUUCUUCGUCCUGUCACUCAUCCUGGGCUACACCUGGCUGGAAGCCGUCAUCUUCCUCAUCGGCAUCAUCGUGGCCAACGUACCCGAGGGGCUGCUGGCAACUGUCACCGUGUGUCUGACUCUCACUGCCAAGCGGAUGGCGAAAAAGAACUGUCUGGUGAAGAACCUGGAGGCCGUGGAGACUCUCGGCUCCACCUCCACCAUCUGUUCCGACAAGACGGGCACGCUGACCCAGAACCGCAUGACUGUGGCCCACAUGUGGUUUGACAACGAGAUCCACGAGGUGGACACCACCGAGGACCAGAGCGGUUCCGGGUUUGACAAGAGCUCCGCUACUUGGGCUGCUCUCUCUCGCGUGGCUGCUCUCUGCAACAGAGCUGAUUUCAGGCCCGGACAGGAGAACCUUCCAAUCCAGAUGAGGGAGACGGCGGGGGACGCUUCAGAGUCGGCGCUGCUGAAAUGCAUUGAGGUCUGUUGCGGCAACGUUCGUGGGACGAGAGAGAGAAACCCCAAAGUGGCAGAGAUCCCAUUCAACUCCACCAACAAGUACCAGCUCUCCGUCCAUGAAGUGGAGGACAAUCCCUCCGGUCACAUUCUGGUCAUGAAAGGAGCGCCGGAGAGGAUCUUAGACAGGUGCAGCAGCAUCAUGCUGAACGGUGAGGAAUAUCCGCUGGACGACGACUGGAAGGACGCCUUCCAGAACGCCUACCUGGAGCUGGGGGGACUGGGAGAGCGGGUGCUCGGCUUCUGCCACUUGAAUAUGUCUCCGGCGCAAUUCCCUCGAGGGUUCACCUUCGACUGUGACAACAUGAACUUCCCCAUAGAGCAGCUUUGCUUCCUGGGCCUCAUCUCCAUGAUUGAUCCGCCGCGUGCCGCUGUGCCCGACGCAGUGGGAAAAUGCCGCUCCGCUGGUAUCAAGGUCAUCAUGGUGACCGGAGACCACCCAAUCACAGCUAAGGCCAUCGCCAAAGGUGUGGGCAUCAUCUCCGAGGGCAACGAGACGGUGGAAGACAUCGCCGAGAGACUGAACAUCCCUCUGAGUCAAGUUAACCCCAGGGAUGCCAAGGCUUGUGUGGUGCACGGCUCAGACCUAAAGGACAUGAGCUCCGAGUACCUGGACGACCUGCUGAGGAACCACACUGAGAUAGUGUUCGCUCGCACCUCUCCCCAGCAGAAGCUCAUCAUUGUGGAGGGCUGCCAGAGACAGGGAGCCAUUGUGGCCGUGACGGGCGACGGCGUGAACGACUCGCCGGCCCUGAAGAAAGCCGACAUCGGCGUUGCCAUGGGGAUCGCGGGGUCUGAUGUGUCCAAGCAGGCAGCUGACAUGAUCCUGCUGGACGACAACUUUGCCUCCAUCGUCACCGGAGUGGAGGAGGGUCGUCUCAUCUUCGACAACUUGAAGAAGUCCAUUGCCUACACGCUCACCAGCAACAUCCCCGAGAUCUCCCCCUUCCUCCUCUUCAUCAUCGCCAGCGUUCCUCUGCCCCUGGGAACGGUCACCAUCCUCUGCAUCGAUCUGGGCACUGAUAUGGUUCCAGCUAUUUCACUGGCUUACGAGACGGCGGAGAGCGACAUCAUGAAGCGCCAACCCAGAAACCCCAAAUCGGACAAGCUGGUCAAUGAGCGUCUCAUCAGCAUGGCCUACGGACAAAUAGGUAUGAUCCAGGCUCUGGGUGGUUUCUUCACCUACUUUGUGAUUCUGGCUGAGAACGGCUUCCUCCCGAGGACCCUGGUGGGGAUCCGCCUGAACUGGGACGAUCGCGAAGUCAACGACGUGGAGGACAGCUAUGGGCAGCAGUGGACCUACGAGCAGAGGAAGAUCAUUGAGUUCACCUGCCACACCGCCUUCUUUGCCAGCAUCGUGGUUGUCCAGUGGGCCGAUCUCAUCAUCUGCAAAACCAGGAGGAACUCCCUCUUCCAGCAGGGCAUGAAGAACAGGAUCCUGAUCUUUGGCCUGUUUGUGGAGACGGCUCUUGCUGCCUUCCUCUCCUACUGCCCUGGAAUGGACGUUGCCUUGCGCAUGUACCCCCUGAAGACCCUGUGGUGGUUCUGUGCCUUCCCAUACAGCCUCCUCAUCUUCAUUUAUGAUGAGGUCCGUAAAUUAAUUCUGAGGAGGUGCCCUGGAGGUUGGGUGGAGCUGGAGACGUAUUAUUAACAUUCAGAAAAUGCCAGUUUAAAUUAAGUGACUGUGAGUUUGUGUGCGUGUGCCAUCUUGUAAAGCUAGACGUGUGUGUAUGUGCGUGUGUCUGUCUGUUGUAAUAUUGCAUGGAUCAGUUCACAAAUCUGAUUAUCAUAAAAAUACUGCUGAAAAUAGGCUUUUGAUUGUGCCUUGAGUUUUUCCUUUUUGUUUUAUCAGAAAACAUUUCCUGCAGAACAAUGGUAAUGUAAACCUUUGUGCCUUACCAAAGUGAUGUAUUGUACCGUUAGGCUGUAAAGCGAAACUGAAUGUCAUUCAUUAUGUGAAAUAUACCAAAUAAAAAUGUUUUACAAUGUG